UUUACACCACUCCUGUUCUUGUGGACUGAUCACUCUUAAGAUCUCUCCCACUCACAGCACACCACCUAUCUCCCUCUCCACUGUUUCCUGCUGUCUUUCUUCAUCCCUUCUUCAGAGCCACAUCACUCCCACUCCAAACUAGGAUCUACAGUCCAGCUCUUCAAGGAAAUGGCCUCCAAACAGGAAACGGACGGACGGCAAAUGGGCUACAAGUGUCGCAUAGCAGGGGUGUUGCUACUCCUCUUGACCAGUAUUGCUGCCCUCAUUGCUGUUGCUGUCAUCCAGGACACCUGGAGGUUCAAGGAGUACAGCUUAGAGUAUGGCAUAGUGAUAGACUCGGGUUCAUCUCGAUCCACCGUGUACCUGUACGAGUGGCCAGGAGAGAAGCAGAAUGACACAGGAGUGGUAACGGAGAUAAAGAACUGUAGAGUUGCUGGUGCCGGUAUCUCAGAGAUGAAAGCUGACCCACAGAAAGAUGCAGAGUCGUGGAAAGCAUUCCAAGUCUGCAUGGACGACAUCAUUAAUGGCAUUCCUGCUGCAAAACAGAAUGCCACACCUCUCUACCUGGGAGCUACUGCUGGAAUGAGACUGUUACAUGAGCAGGAUGAGAAGAGGUCCAACGCCGUCAUGGCAAGUCUCCGAAAAUACCUAAGUUCUUUGCCGGUUAACUUCAAAGGCGCUUCCAUCAUCAGUGGUCAAGAGGAAGGGCUGUAUGGGUGGGUCACUGUCAACUACCUCAUGGGAAACUUAAUCGAGAAAAACAUGUGGAACGCCUAUAUACGCCCAGAUGGGGCAAAGACUGUUGGAUCCAUGGACCUCGGUGGAGCAUCAACACAGAUUGCCUUUGCAAUCGCAGAUAAUCUCACAGGCCCUGACUACAUGCCUAUCAAACUGUACGGUUAUCCUUACAAUGUGUACACACACAGUUUCCUCUGCUACGGAAAAAAUGAGGCGGAGAAGAGGAUUCUGGACAAAGUAAUCCAGGAAUCAUCAAACCCAGCCUACAUUAUUAACCCCUGCUUCCCUGAAGGUUAUAACACAACCAUUAAGGCCUCAACCGUUUACGACACAGAAUGCACAAAGAAACCAAGAGGCUACAACCCAGAUCAGGAAUACUUCAUGGUUGGAGUCGCUGACUCAGACAGGUGUUUAAGCAUCGUCAAGUCCAUAUUUGAUUUCGAGACUUGCUCCUCAUCUCAGUGUUCCUUCAAUGGCGUCGAGCAGCCACCUGUCACUGGAGAUUUUAUGGCAUAUGCAGGAUUCUUCUACACUGCUAGGGCGCUGCUGAAGAGUGGCACAGAAGAUCUUGAUGACUUCAAUUCAGAUUUUGAUCGAUUCAACGCCUCAGUCAGGCAAUUCUGCAACUCACACUGGGACGUGCUGAGGAAGGAAAAGACAUGGAUCUCUGCCAGAUAUCUUAAGACUUACUGUUACUCAGGUCACUACAUGUUCAGUUUGCUGGCAGAUGGAUACAAGUUUGACAAAGAUACCUUUAAAAACAUCAACUUCGCAAAACAGGUAAAGUCAACCAGCAUAGGUUGGAGUUUGGGCUACAUGCUGAACAUGUCCAAUAUGAUCCCAUCUGAAGUGAAAGAAAUCUUCCCCAUGACGAACCCUGUCUUUGCCGGCCUUAUCUUUUUAUUUUCAGCACUAACUAUCGUGACUGUCGUCAUAGUUUUCAUCUUCCUCGUUCGCUCCUGCUUCUGAGAGUUAAACUCUCAGGAAUAUAAAGGGAAAUUAUCUGCCUCUGUAAACCUAUGGCACUGUUGUAAUCCUGUAAGUAGUGUGACAGUAGCAUGUGUGCCAAGAUACUUACAGUGAAUGUUACAAAUGAAAAUGUUUUGUUUUUUUUAAUUUUUCAGCCUGAGCCAUUUCAAUCCAUAGUUUUUAAAAACUGAAGAAAGAGCCUCAGAAUGAAAACCGUGUAUCCUGCUUGCUUCACAUGAGAUAUGAAUUUUUUUGAGACAGUGAAGACACUUCAUAGAACAUUUAGCUUUCAUUUUGUAUUUCUCAGGGAAACUCAAAGAUUUGAAUCAGAUCUUUUUAUAUUACGUUUUUCAUGCUCCACUUAAUUGAAAUAGUGUUGAUAUGCAGGUGAAAAUGUGACAUUGUGGUAUGGGAUACUAUAUGUGCAUUGAUGCUCACAUGACACAUACACACAUGGACCACCUGACAAAAGUUUGAACUGUUCAAUCACUGACUGUGUUUUUUCCCCCUUGAAUUAAAUGUGCAUGUUUAUAUGGGAUUGCACUGAAUGGAUCUGCUUUACUUUUAACAGAUUUAGCUUCAUUGUAGUGUUGAUAGCAAAACUACACGACAACUAUCCACAUUUAACGAAUUAAAUGAAAACCUCCCCCAUGAAUAAUGUAUUGAAUGUGCAAUGUGCCAUUUAUUCAUUAUGACUACAUGUUACAAAUGUCAUUUUUGAUACCCCUUUCAUAAACCGUUAGUAGAUUUAAAUACAAGAUUAAUGAUUUUCAGACAGUAGCCAGCUGAUCACUGGAAAUGAUUUAUUGUUUCAACAGUUCAGAAUUUUUUAAGCUUUAAAUAGAUUGUAUUUAUAUAUUAAACUUAAACAAAGUAUUUUGGGAUUUCACAUAACUGGUUAAAUCGUAGUUGAAGGUUUGAGAUAAGUCACGGGUGAAAUCUGAGAAAAUGACACCGUCACAUAUAGUGUUGGGGAUAAGUCCUGUCAGCACCAAUAAUCCAUGCAUUUCUACUUGUCAGUGCAAUCUAUACAUAGUGUUUGUUUAUUAUGAAUGAUUCCAGUGUCAAUGUGUAGCUUUUGAUGACAGAUUCAUUUCAGUUUGCAGAGACUAGCUUACAGAUUUAAAGCUUUGACCACAAGGUAUUUUAUAGUUGUUUUGUUUUUUUUGUUUUUUUUAUCUUGUCUGGCAGCGAGAAAUGGAUCAAACUGACAAUAACUGUUUGAAACACUUGUUUACAUUCAAAACAUUCAAAAUCAGACUUUUAUUGUACUGUCUUUGUUGUUUUUUUUCCAAGAUAAAAUCAUCACAGAACAUAUAAUUAUACACUCAUUUCUGACAGGACACAGCAUGAAUAAAAAAGUGUGUGUGAAUGUGUGUGUGCAUCUUUGAGGCUGUAUAAACAUGAUGCUCAUUUUCCUUAACACUGUUGUCUUUGCACUGGAGAGAAUUAUGCAUGGUUCAUGUGUAAUGCUCUGACUGUAUUGGUCCUGUUUUGAUAACAGUUCUCUAUGUUCAGUGUAUAAUAAACG